UCCAUUCAGCCUUUCUUUAUCCUUUCAAGUGCACGGACCAAAGAAGUGUAACAUUCCCGAGGAGGACCAAUUUCCUUACCCCCCCCCUCCCCACCUCUGUCAGCUUUCAUUCAUUCUUCGGCACCAAAAGAGAUUUUCGGGGGACCACCUGAGCAUUCCUAUUUCCCGGUUUAAUAACGCGUUUUCGUUGAACGUCUCCGUUGUCGAGACGGAAGGACCUUUACUCGCCCAUUCAAAUAUUCUAGUCGUGUUUUUAUUUUUUUUAAGUAGUCAUUUCUGAAAGUAAGACCAAUACAAACAGACGGUUUAAGCCACUUAUUUAUUUAUUUAUUUUUUGGGACAUCGUUUUCCCCUCCCGUUCACGUGUAGUGUAAAGUUAAGCCAUACAAUCAGUCGACAAUGGCAGGUUUGAACUCUUUGGAUGCUGUCAAGAGGAAGAUCCAGUGUUUGCAGCAGCAGGCAGACGACGCCGAAGACCGGGCUCAGGUCCUGCAGAGGGAGCUGGACAGCGAACGAGAGCUCCGGGAGAAAGCAGAGGGUGAUGUCGCUGCUCUGAACCGUCGCAUCCAGCUGGUGGAGGAGGAGUUGGACCGGGCCCAGGAGAGGCUGGCCACAGCGCUGCAGAAACUGGAGGAGGCUGAGAAAGCUGCAGAUGAGAGCGAGAGAGGAAUGAAGGUGAUCGAAACCCGAGCAAUGAAGGAUGAGGAGAAGAUGGAGAUUCAGGAGAUGCAGCUGAAGGAGGCUAAACACAUUGCGGAGGAGGCCGACCGCAAAUACGAAGAGGUGGCUCGCAAGCUGGUGAUCCUGGAGUUGGAUCUGGAGCGAGCCGAGGAGAGGGCCGAGCUCUCGGAAUGUAAAGCCAGCGACCUGGAGGAGGAGCUGAAAAAUGUAACCAACAACUUGAAGUCCUUAGAAGCCCAGUCGGAGAAGUACUCAGAAAAGGAGGACAAGUACGAGGAGGAGAUCAAAGUUCUCACUGACAAACUGAAGGAGGCCGAAACCCGUGCAGAAUUUGCAGAGAGGACAGUGGCGAAACUGGAAAAGUCUAUCGAUGACCUGGAAGAACAAUUGUCACAUGCCAAAGAGGAGAAUCUGGACAUGCAUCAAAUCCUGGACCAGACCCUGCAGGAACUUAACAGCUUAUAAACAAACACACACACACAUUCGCAUGCACACACAAGGAUGAGAUGUAACAUUCCAUAAAUGUUCAACUCCAUUCCACUGCAUUCCUUGAGUAAGGGGGGAUUAGUUUAAUGUCCCUCGAUGUUCUUUUUGUUUUGUUUUUUUCCAAAAUGCAAUUUUGUUUUCAAGAUGUGAAGUUAAACACACGGUUCCUCUCAAACUGCACAAAUUCUAUCCCCACAUCCAGCCUCCAAUUAUUUAGACCUCUUUAAAUAGAAACCAUUCAAAUUGACAUUGUUAUUCCAUCCAGCCACACCUCACAGUUGAGGAAGAAGCACAGACUAAAGUUUACCUUUCGUUAUUUUUUUUAUUUUUAUUUUUGUUAAACUCUCUCAAUUGUAGCAAGACUCUGAAGCGCCACACUGUGGUGGAAUGCAACUGGUGAACACAAUCAGCAUGGUUGGUUAGCUAAUGUUGGUCACAUACAAUGCCUACUUGUGUGUCUUAAUGGGCAUUGUUCAUGUUUUUAUUAUUAUUAUUAUUAUUAUUAUUAUUUUUAGGUCUGGUACAAUACAAUUGAGUUCAAAGUAUACAUGUAUUGCAUACAAGAUAAUUAUCUAGCUUUGGCCAACUUUUAAAUUUUUUUUAAUUUCUCUUGUUAAAUUUCAACAAUGUCGGCAAUAUUCUGAUUAUAUAUGCAAUCAAAAUCCCCAAACCACUGGAAGUGUUGUCAAGUAUGAUAAGCCACGGAUCCUUGUUGUAUAUAGUAGAAUAAUGUGAGGUUUAGUACUGCCUUUUUUUGUUUUGUUAUUUUUUUUAUCACUUCUUGAUGCCAGAGGAACUUUCAAGACCAAAGAAAACAAACAACAUGCAAAAUAGAUUGUCAACACCAUUUUUUAAAUAUCAUCUCAUGCCAGGGCCAUUUAAAAAUGCCUCCAAUUUUGGUCAAGAACAUUUUUAAAGUGCUUAAUUCACCAAAUCCCCUCCAUGUUACCAAAUAAAGGUUUUACAGAAA